AUGCACGUGAGCGAGACGGUGCAAGUUCGCUUAGAAAAGCAAACUCAAGUCACAGGAUUGCUCGCAAAACGGCUACUUUUGCGUAGUGACUUAGCCAAGCAAAUUAUCAAUUUGCCGACAAACUCACACACAAAUUGGGAGAAAGCCCGGGAUACCCUUCGCGCUCGUUUGCGUCCGAAGAAGCGAGCUCGCGAGGAGAGAACACUGUUCGAUCGCUCUAAGGGUUUUCUGAAAAACAAUGAGGAGGGACGUCGAAGAGGCUGCAAGGAUGAAGCAAGAGAGGAAAGUAGGAAAAAUAAUGCAACCUUUAUGAUUCUGGAUGCAGAGAUAGAAGCAUUUGCAGCCCGAGUGACCCUAUCUCCGCAAGAAAGACAGUUGCGUAUGAGUGUGUUUCAUGAUAUGCGCGACCUUAUCUCGUCGGCUUACCAAGAUGCUACGAUCCAGCUCUAUGGAUCAUCUAGCACCAGGUUAGAAACCUUUAGAAGCGAUCUGGAUGUUACUGUGGGGAAUAUCGCGCUUUCUUCAUCGCUGAUCCUGCCUUCUGUGGCGGAGGUCGAAGAGAGUCCGGCUUACAAGCAGCUUCACGUAGAGACAGGCAUUGAAAAUAAUUCGCUGCCUUUGGAUGUGGUCGCCUCGAAGGACAAUACGGACGUUAAAGGUCGUACACAGCCCGCAACAUCUUCGCACUGGAAUCCAGCACGACGUAAGCGUAAGCUUCGCGUUUUGCGAGCAUUGCAACUCUUGUUAAAGGAAAAAAGACCCCAUUUUCAGGUCAAAUGCUUACACAGAGCUAAGGUGCCCAUCCUCAUGGUGCUGGACACGAAAACAAAACUGUCGAUCGAUAUUGGUGUGAACCGCGAGUUAUUCGAAACUAGUGAUCACGGACGCUCAACAUCUCUCGUCCAAAGGCUGAUCAACUCGUUGGGAACACCAUUCACCACAAUAAUUGUGUUUUUGAAGGAAUUUUUGCAACAAUUUGAGCUGAACAAGCCUUUUACCGGCGGCCUUGGCAGUUUUCGGCUGUACAUAAUGGUGGCGCACGUCUUUCGGCGCGAAUUCUCACAACUCGAAUCGUUAUCAUCCCUCUUGCUGGCAUUUUUUGGCUUGUUUGGCAACAAGAAAAAGCCUAAUUUCCUGCAUGAAGGCACGAAAUUACCGCUUCCGCUAGGCUCCGGUGGCCACUUGAGGUUUGGCAGUGUUUUCCGCAUUCGUGAUUGUGUUGAAGUUUUCGCUAUGGCACAUGACAUCUUGAGCUCUACAGGAAAAAUUGGGUCUAUAAUAAAUGAGGAGCGUUUUGAGGAGGACCGCAAAAACAGCCAAAGAGACAUCCGAAAGCAACUUUCAUUAUUUGAUAACAGUAAAAGCUAG